CGUAAAUCUCCCAAGAGUACGUUCUUCGAAUUCGGGGAGCAGUUUGACCAUUGUGUUUGACCAUUUCACUCUUGACCAUUGAGCUACCCAGGAAGGUUACGUUGUUGGGUUUUGGCCAUCAGCUACCUGGUACCGUAAAAGACUCCGCGACUUCCCAACUUCCAAAAUCGGUUAGUUUGACCACCAUCAAACAAGAUAGGACGCUGUGUGCUUGACUGGUUUCAAAGGAUUGCGUCCAAUCCGAAUGCGGUACUACCAGCACUGAUCUGGGCCACCCCGCCACCCCGUCAAGUAUUCCAAGCUCCCUCCUCUUCUCACAAUUCUUUCCAAAGAAACUUUGCAAAGCAAAACCAAAGCAAGCUAACAUCAAACAACAACAGCAGUCAACAUGGGUUUCAUCAAGAGCAUUACCGGCAAGAAGAUGUCUGACAAAUCUUCCAAGUCCUCCAAGUCCAACAGCAGCAAACAACAAGAUGGGAGUUCGGAUUCCUGGUCCAAGGAAGGCAUGUCCUCUGCAGAUGUGGCCAUGCUGAUUGGGGCCAAGACCAACGAACAGAUUCUUAUGGAGUUCAUGGGUACGCCAGUGCGAUACACGAACAAUAAAAGAGUCCCAAGAUCCGGCAAGGCAUCAUCAUCCAGAAAUGCUGCAGCAUGAUGUACGGUAUGAUCAAAGAGUCUCAAGAUUCAUUUUGAGGACGAGAUCUACUCUCGCAACCUCAGUAGCAGCCAGGCAGAAGCUGGCUGGCUACAUGUACAACAUACGUUUUCUAAAGCUAUAAAUUCAUUACUACAUUCCUAAAGACUUUUUGCUUUCAGAAGUAAGGUACAUAGUACUUUGAAAGCAGCAAUGGAUCAGUGGUUGCCAUUGGCACACCGGCUAUGUUGGCUGAGAGGAGUGCCACCAGCCAAAUCCCCCCUCUCCGGAUCGAAUAACAGGUGGGGGAGCAAAGUCUGGAUCAGAGAGGAGACCAGCAGAUCAAACAGGGGGGGGGGUCUGGAUCAGAUCAAACUUGGCGGAGAACUGGUACUCCGGUGGCAAUUCCAGUGGCAGUUUCAGUGGCAGCUCCAGACACAGUGACCCAUCGGAACUGGGCACUCAUUUGACGAGCAGAACGCAACCACUUUAUUAGACGUCGUUGACACCUUUUUAGUAGCUCCUUUAGUACAGCACCAACAUCAG